CGCGGGNGCGGUGGACUGGGCGGCAGUGGGACUCCGACAGACGGACCCGCACAGUACGCAGCGACCAGCCUCGGGCUCCGCGGUGGAAGAUGCACAGAGCAGAUUCACCAAAGCCACCACUUGCUCCCAAGCCAAAGGUUACUACCAACCCUUACUCACCGGCAGCCAAGUUUCCCCCUUCACAGAGGCCUGACAGCUUCCCCAGUCCCAAUUCAAUGUCCAGGGGCCCCAAGCCCCCCAUCGCUCCUAAGCCCAGACUGACUGGUCCCAGUGAGUACCUGAACAACAGCCUCGGCAAAUGCAGCAAUGGGAGGCUGCUCUGCGAGGACCGGGGCCUGUACGAUGGACACCACUCCACCCUGAAUUGCUUGGAGUUGGAGCCUGAUGAGCAGUAUAUCAUGGUCCCCAGGGCUCCACAGAAAGAAGAUACUCCCGUGGAUGGGGCUACCGAGGAGCUGGGGUUUGAGGGGGAAGUCCAGGAGCAUGGUACAGAGCAGACAGGAACUGAGGGGGACCUGGAAGCUCCAGGUGAAGAGGCACCAAGUAGAGACAGUGAGGAAGGCAUGGUCCACACUCUGGAAGAUGAAGACUGUGAUCACGAUCCAGAGACGGAUGGGACCCCAACAGCCCCAGAUGAAGGGGCACCAAGCAGAGACAGUGAGGAAGGUGAGGAGGACUGUGAUCAGGGCCCAGGUAUGGAGGAGCAUCCCAUGAGUGAAGAGGAGGGAGAAGAGGAAGAGGUGAAGGAGCACGNGUACAACAGUGAUGACAGGGCACCCUGGGAUGNAGAGGAGCCCUUCCCCAAUGAGGUCAUUCUCACACAUGUCCGCUCUCAGUCCCCUGAAGUUCCCUGUUGGGAGCCAGGCCCUCCUGAGACUCCUGGGGAUGCAGAAGAGGAUCGUGAAGACAUCUGUAACAACACAGAACCUGGGAAACCCAAUCAGGACACUGGUCAGGACACAGAGGAUGCCAGCAUGGGAUCCCCUGAGAAUGAGGUGUCCCCAGAUGUCCAGGAGCAAGAGGCAGCAACGGACAACCCUGAGGUCUUUGAGGAGGACUCUGCAGAUGCUGCAGAAGGUGAGGAUCAGAUAGACCAGGAGGAACCACCCAAUUGUGAUGAGGAAGCCUACAAUAGAGACACCGUAGCAGCCACCAUGCAGGUGGGAGAGGACCUCGGAGAGGAGGGAGACCAUGUGCAGGAGGACCCUGCUGAGGAGAGCUGCCAGAUCAUUCCCUUUGAGAGCGACAGUGUGGAGGAGGAUUUUUCACCUACACUCACAGAGAAUCCCUACGAGAUUUUCCCAACCGAGAGUACUUCCUUCUGCAAUAACACCUAUUCCCUUGACGAGUCAGCCAAUGGGCACGAGCCAGUGUGCGAGAUCUGUGUAGAGGAGGUUCCUGGUGUUGGCCCUCCACUUAACCAGCAUGAUUCCCUGCCAGAUAGAUCUGGAGAGGACUCCCCGGUGGUCCCUGAUGUGGUGGUCGUGCCAGAGAAUGAGGGGCCGGUGGAUGAUGCACUCGCCAGUCCAUACGUGAUGGGAGUUGGCUUGCUGAGCCCUGGAGAGGGAGCGCAGUCAGACGCCCAGGCUGCAUCAGGCACUCUGAGUGGGUACAGUACAUGGGAGGAAGGGGACUCUGAGGGAGGGCAGGUCCCAGUGGAUAGGAAGAAUAUUGCCACAAGGGCCCGGCCUCACUCUGGAAAGGUGGCUGGUCAUGUUCCAGAAACUGUUCUAGAAGAAACNGGACCAGAAACCUGUUCAUCAGGCAUGGGCAUCAGAGAUACCGGUGAUGAAGUGAGGAAGAUAGGUAUAUUGCCAGAGGGAAAGCCUCCCGAGUCUGUUCGGGCCUUGCCGGCUAAGCCCAGAGCAUUUACUCUCUACCCAAGGUCCUUCUCUGUAGAAGGCCGGGAGAGUCCCCUGUCCAUGUUCCGGGAGCCAGAGGGAGCCGGGCUGGACAGCCACCGUGUGAGGAGGAAAGAGGACAACCUCUCUCUGCCGGGCGCCAUCGGCUCCUCCGGUAGCUUCUCACAGCGCAGCCACCUGCCUUCCAGUGGCACCUCCACACCAUCCUCUGUGGUUGACAUCCCACCCCCUUUCGACUUGGCCUGCAUCACGAAGAAACCCAUCACUAAAAGCUCGCCCUCACUCCUGAUAGACGGAGACACCCUGGAAAAAGCCUCUAAGAAGAAGAAGUCCUCCUUCAAACGCUUCCUGGAGCUGACGUUCAGGAAGAAGACAGAGAGCAAGGUGCACGUGGAUAUGAACCUGUCAUCUUCCAGGUCUUCCUCUGAGUCCAGCUACCAUGGUCCAGCCAGGGUCCUGGAACUUGACCGAAGAAGCCUCAGCAACUCGCCCCAGCUCAAGUGUCGCACCGGAAAGCUCCGGGCCUCUGAUUCCCCGGCCGCCCUCAUCUUCUACAGGGACAGCAAGAGGAAAGGCGUCCCCUUCAGCAGAACGGUGUCCAGAGUGGAGUCUUUCGAAGACCGCUCCCGGCCGCCCUUUCUGCCUCUGCCCCUCACUAAGCCACGGUCCAUCUCAUUCCCCAAUGCCGACACUUCGGACUAUGAGAACAUUCCAGCCAUGAACUCGGACUAUGAGAAUAUCCAGAUCCCCCCUNGCAGGCCAGUGAGGACUGGCACUUUCACAAAGCUGUUCGAAGAACAGAGCCGAGCCCUGUCCACCGCAAAUGAAAAUGACGGCUACGUGGACAUGAGCAGCUUCAAUGCCUUUGAGAGCAAGCAGCAGAGUUCAGAGCAGGAAGCUGAGAGCGCCUACACUGAGCCCUACAAGGUCUGUCCCAUCUCAGCGGCUCCCAGAGAGGACCUCACAUCAGACGAAGAACAAGGAAGCUCAGAGGAGGAGGACAGUGCUUCAAGAGACCCCAGCCUCUCACACAAGGGUGAAGGACAGUCUAGAGCCCUUGUCAUCGCUCAGGAGCUGCUGUCUUCAGAGAAAGCAUAUGUGCAGAUGUUGCAGCACUUAAGCCUGGAUUUCCAUGGAGCCGUCCUGAGGGCCUUGGAGAACGUAGAGCAAGAGGGCAGAGAGCCACUGGCCCAGGAGGAGCUGCGGCAGGGCCUGCGGGAGCUCCCAGCUAUCUGUGACCUUCACCAGGGCAUCCUGGAGAGCCUGGAGCAGAGGCUGGGGGAUUGUGGGGAGGGCCAGCCGCAGGUGGCCGACAUCUUCCUGGCCCAGGAACAGGAGUUCGAGCAUCAUGCCGCACACAUCCUGCAAUUUGACAGGUACCUGGGGCUGCUCGCUGAGAGCUGCCUGCUCUCACCCCGGCUAGCCACCACUGUCCGGGAGUUUGAGCAGAGUUCACAAGGGGGUGGCCAGAGCAUGAAGCAUCGUAUGCUGCGUGUGGUCCAGCGCCUCUUCCAGUACCAAGUGCUGCUCACUGAUUAUUUAAAUAACCUGUGCCCGGACUCAGCCGAGUACGACAACACUCAGAGUGCUCUGACUCUCAUCUCCAAAGUGACAGACCGUGCCAACGAAAGCAUGGAACAGGGGGAAAACCUGCAGAAGCUGGUCCACAUCGAGUACAGUGUGCGAGGCCAAGGGGACCUCCUCCAGCCAGGAAGGGAGUUCCUGAAGGAAGGGACACUGAUGAGGGUGAGAGGGAAAAGCCGACACCCCCGCCACCUGUUCCUGAUGAAUGACACGCUCCUGUACACACAUCCCCAGAAGGAUGGGAAGUACCGGCUGAAGAGNUCNCUGCCAGUGGCCAACAUGAAGGUCAGCCGCCCUGUGAUGGACAAAGUGCCCUAUGCUCUGAAGAUCGAAACUCCUGAGUCUUGUCUGACACUGUCUGCAAGCUCCUGNGCCGAGCGGGACGAGUGGCACUACUGUCUGAGCAGAGCCCUUCCGGAGGACUACAAGACUCAGGCUCUGGCUGCCUUCCACCACAGUGUGGAGAUCCGGGAAAGGCUGGGGAUCAGCCUCGGUGAGAGGCUCCCCACCCUGGUGCCUGUCACUCAUGCCAUGAUGUGCAUGAACUGCGGCUGUGACUUCUCCCUCACCGUGAGGCGCCACCACUGCCAUGCCUGUGGCAAGAUUGUGUGCCGGAACUGCUCUCGAAACAAGUACCCAUUGAAGUGCCUCAAGAACAGGAUGGCCAAGGUCUGUGAUGGCUGCUUCCGGGAGCUGAAGUUGAGGAAUGGGCCUGUCCCAGGCUCCAUGAGAGAGCGUCCGGUCAGCAUGAGCUUCCCACUGUCCUCGUCCCGCUUUUCCUCGGGCAGCGCCUUGUCCUCUGUCUUCCAGAGUAUUAGCCCCUCAACUUUCAAGAAGCAGAAAAAAGUCCCUUCAGCUCUGUCCGAGGACAAAGUGGCCAUGGAGAGCAUACCUCUGCUGGGUUUUACUAUUGCCCCAGAAAAGGAGGAGGGCAGCAGCGAAGUGGGCCCUGUUUUUCAUCUUUAUCACAAGAAAACCCUGUUUUACAGCUUCAAAGCAGAGGACAGCAAUUCUGCUCAGAGAUGGAUGGAGGCCAUGGAAGAUGCCAGUGUGUUAUAGCAGUCACCAGGCCCAUNGACUAACAACAAACUCCUACAUUAACGCGAGAACCCUUCCGGAAGUGACUCCUGCUCUCAGUUCAUCUGGAUGCACGUGCAGGUUCUGUGUGGAGCUUGACCUCAAGGUGGAACCCCAAGAACUAUUUAUAGACAUCUUCUUUUCUGCCUCCAUGUUUCCCAACCCCAAUCACAGACUGUACACCCUUAUCUAAAAGUGAGUUAAAAUUUAGUACCUUGAAGACAUGGAAACCAAGUGAAAAAGACACUUAGCAAUGUGGGCUUUUUAGUAGAAACUGGCUUUUUCUGGUUUUACUCCUGGUGAAUAGGACCACUUUCAACUUUCNGCAGUCUCCAUAUGGUGCCUCAGGUGAUGUGGGAACCAGACAGGAAGUAUCAGCUGUGCAUCUAAGCACUUUACUAUACUGCUGAGCUNCAGCCUCCAGGGCUGUGUCUUCCAAGGGAUGGCUGCAAACUUCCGUGCCAAGUGACUCCUGCAGCCUUACUGUGGCUUGCCACCCUAAGGAGGGAGGGGCUCAGCGUCACACCAGGGCUGCCCUCUAAAGCAUCACAGAUCCCUCAAACAUGGAAGACCUGCAUCUGCGUUAAGUUUCUGUGUGCAUUNCUGCGUCCACACGGUGCAGGCUGACCACCCUGUUGAUGCUGUCCUCUUUGUAACACGUGUCCUUGGGCUGUACCAGCCAUGCCAAGCUUACUUUUUGAGAGAGGUAAAGAAGAAAGAGAGAANGUGGGUCAUCAGAAAGUGGUCUGCACAGAAGGCUUGGCCAGCCCAGAGGCACUGAGUGGCUGGAAGACACUUUGCACACCUGAGGCCGACAGCAUCACCUCCCUCUGGGCACCUGAGGCAGAGCCAUCACCUGCUGGCCAGUUCUUUAUGCUGAAUGGAUUUUACAAAAUGCAGGAGGAGGAACAGGAUUCCUCUUCAGUAUCCUUGCAGUUGGAAAAAAAUGCCGCCAUUUUCUGAAAUCUCUUACUGCCUUGUCCCCUACAAAAAGGAUUUUUGUAAAACAAACAAACAAACAAACAAACAAACCACCAUCUCAAGGACUUAUUUACAUUAAAUGUGUUCAGGGAUUUCUUUUUCUAGUUUGCAGUUCUUUUUCAAUGUUUAUGCAGUCGGUGUAUAGUUAGUAAUUCAAGUUGGAUGGAAGACAAGUGUUACUGUUCACUUCACCAUCCUAGGAUCCUUCCUAGAGUCACUCACAUGGGACCUGGACACUGAGACCCAGGAACCUUUGGAGAGUGGAGCUGGACUCAAGGACAGUAGUCCUCUUCCUUUGGUUUCNUUUUUCUAUGAUUUCAAUUGCAGGAGGCCAACUGUGGACUGAAAAUAUUAAAUGGAAAAUUCCAGAAAUAAAA